GCCAUCUGAUGUGCAGCCAUCGCGAAUGGAAGAUCUCAGUCUCUUGCUAGACCCGGUUUCAUCUAUUCCGUUGACAAUUCCACGACCCUACCACCCGAGACUGGGUCAGUAGCCCGAGGGUACCAUUAUUUUCAAAUCCCCCUUCUCCCCACCUCGCUGAUCGGACGCCUGGUUGCGACGGACGUACAAUAUGCCGGCCGAGCGUGUCGCGGGGGGGAGCCAGACGCAAAACCAGAGCCAGUUCAAACAGUCGAGGCGAUCCGCACCAAAAGCGAGAACGGGUUGCCUAACGUGCAAAAGAAGGAAAGUGAAGUGUGAUGAAGGGAAACCCGAAUGCAGCCGUUGCCUGGCUAUUGGCGUGAGCUGCAAGGGAUACAAACCUGCAUCGAAGGCGGAAAGGCUUCCGCCGUCGCAGAAACCUCUUCUCCCACGCAUGUCAACCCCUAACCAGUCUGAUCCCACUCCUCCCGAGUCGUCAUCAUUCCAGAACGAUGCCAAGCCAAAGGAUCUUGAGACGUUUAAGACAGCAACAGCCUUCGGGUUACCUGGAACUUUCGAUACUAGCCUGACACCUCGCAGCGGACUCCAACUUCAGAAAACACAACUUGGCUUUCUUCAUCCCAAAACAUUCGGGCAAGAGUGCGAGUGUAUCCGCAAAGCUCAGGAACAAGAAGAGAAUGAUCCACAGAGCCAUGGUUCUCACCGUAGCUCAGUCUCUAAAUCCUCACCAAGCUCACAACGACCACUGCAACUUCAGACACCGCCUCUAGAACCUGGUAAACCUGGUCAUACACAUGACUGUCGUGCUAUCACACUAUGUCGACCCCCGAGCACCUCAAUCUUCGACAACGAAGAUGAACAUCGGUACUUUCGGUUCUUCACCGACAAAACGGUAGCUCACAUAGGAGGCUGCUACAACCCACUUCUCUGGAACCAAUCAGUCUUACAAGCCUGUGAAGGCGAACGCUCAAUCCUAUACGCAGCCAUUGCAAUCGGAGCUAUCGAUCUCUCAUUCAAGACAGGUCGCUCCUCCUCCAUCUCACGGGCAUUGGGUUCUAUAUCAAAGCAAGACGAGGCCAUCGCACAUUACCGCUUUUCUCUCCGAGAGAUGAACAAAGCAAUCAAGCAAAUGCGGCAAACAGUACAAAAAAAACAAGACCUGCGGACAACUUUACUCGCCUCAAUCCUCAUCAUCGCCUUCGAGAUCUACCAUGGCAAUCACGAGUCGGCCCUCGAUCAAAUCCGAUCCAGCGUCCAACUAUUAGAAGACUGGACCGCACCGCAUCACUGCUCUCUUGACAGCGCGGGCGCGGGCAUAUCGCCUUCUCCACAUACCGUAGAAGAUGACCUCGUGCACGCCUUCUACCGCCUCGAGAUCGAAGGCAUGGUGUACAUCGACCAGCUACCUGUCUCCUGCCACCUGACUCGCAAGAACGACCGGGAAGCCGCCGUCCAAACGAUGCCCUCGGAAUUCGAGCGGAUUUCCGAAGCGCAAGUGUUCGGGAAAAUCUUGAUGCGCCGGACGAUUCAUUUCCUGGUUGUAGCGUGGACGUACGACCGCGGUGCACAGCAACCAGAUAACAAUAUGUAUGUCCUGGAUAAAAUUAGGUGUAAUGCGAGCCCGCAAAGUCUUGCCGAGUUAGAUGGAUAUAGGAAGGAGAUGGCAAGGUGGUACGCGGCGUUCACGCCGUUGCUCGAUCGUGCCACUUCCUCACGUCAGACAAAAGAUCGGUAUUCCGCGAUCUGUCUGCAAGUGCACUACCUCUGCACCUGCGUCGCCAUGGAUUGCGUGUUCCGGGAAAAUGAAAUGUUCUUCGACACCCUGAAAUCAACGUUCACAUCCAUCCUCUCCCUGACGAAGAUUCUGCUGGAUCAGCAGGAUGAUUCGUUCUUCGUUUUUGAUAGUCAGGUUAUACUGCCGCUAGAGAUCGUGGGGAAGAAGUGUCGCGAUCCGGUGGUCAGGAGGGAGGCGAUACGGUUGAUGUAUGGGGUCAAGAGGAGGGAGGGUUUUAUGGAUAGUCUUGUGCUGGCGAAGGUGUGUAGUUGGAUUGUUAGCGUUGAGGAGGAAGGGAUGGUGGGUAAUUAUGUGCCUGAAGAGGCGAGAGCGAGGAAUUUACGUGCGGAGCCUGGCGAGGAAAAGGGGUCGUUGCGUGUAUGGUGUGAGCUACCGAGAAUUGGAGGCAAACCUGGGGAGGUAGUCGUAAGAGAUACGAUAAUUAAGUAGCAUUUGUAGGUAUAAAUCAAAGCUUGUAAAUCUGCUGCUAUUAUCUCUAUGUACAACGCAGGUCCAGAAAUGUCAAUGUCGAAAAGCU